CUAACUACUGUCGGUGCCACUUUGAGAGCCUUGUAGUUGCUCUGUCUCUUUCGUCUCUAUUAAGCCAUUUCCCCCUCCCUCUUUAUUAUUAUUAUCAUUAUUAUUAUAUCUAUAUAUUUACAGCUAUAGACAGACUCACACACUCUUGAUUAGAAGAGAGAGAGGGAGGCAUUGUCGGCUUCAGUCAAUCACUCUUCUCUCUUUUUGGGUCUACUUCUUUGAUCUCUGAUCUUCAAGAAGUAGAAUCCUUUUCUGGGUUCGUUUCUGUUUGGAGAUCUAUUGGGGAAUUGGAUCAAUUCUAGAGUGUUGAAUUGGGUAGAUCGGCGUUUUAGAAGAGAUAAGGUGCUUUACCAAGAUCUGGGGAUUUCGAAAUGCAUAGAUCUUGUUGAAACUUCCAUACUAUUUAGAACCAUUGUUCAAAUCUGAGCACAGAGAACGUGGAAAUGGAGUCGGAGGGAGAAACUGAGGCAAAGCCGAUGAAGAACUUGGGUGGUCUGGUCUGCCAGAUAUGCGGGGAUAAUGUUGGGAAGACAGCUGCUGGUGAACCAUUCAUUGCCUGCGACGUCUGCUCUUUUCCUGUUUGCAGGCCAUGCUAUGAGUAUGAGAGGAAGGAUGGAAAUCAGUCUUGCCCUCAAUGCAAAACCAGAUACAAGAGGCACAAAGGAAGUCCUGCAAUUCUUGGUGAUAGAGAAGAGGAUGGUGAUGCUGAUGAUGGUGCCAGUGAAUUCAACUAUACUUCAGAGAAUCAAAAUGAGAAACAAAAGAUUGCAGAGCGUAUGUUGAGCUGGCAUAUGACAUAUGGGCGAGGAGAGGAUAUUGGGGGUCCAAACUAUGAUAAAGAGGUUUCUCACAAUCACAUCCCUCUUCUCACUAAUGGAACAGAGGUUUCUGGAGAACUGUCUGCUGCCUCACCAGGGCGCCUUUCCAUGGCAUCUCCUGGAGCUUCAAUUGGUGGAAAGCGUAUCCAUCCUCUUCCUUAUGCAUCAGAUGUUAAUCAAUCACCUAAUUUAAGGGUUGUGGAUCCUGUGAGAGAGUUUGGUUCUCCUGGGAUAGGUAAUGUAGCAUGGAAAGAGAGAGUGGAUGGUUGGAAGAUGAAGCAGGACAAGAAUACUAUUCCAAUGAGCACUGGUCAAGCUACUUCAGAAAGAGGGGGUGGAGAUAUUGAUGCCAGCACUGAUGUGAUUGUGGAUGACUCUUUGUUGAAUGAUGAAGCAAGACAACCUCUCUCUAGAAAGGUCUCUAUCCCAUCGUCUAGGAUAAAUCCUUACAGGAUGGUCAUUGUACUGCGGCUGGUUAUUCUCUGUAUUUUCUUGCACUAUCGGUUAACAAAUCCUGUGCGCAAUGCCUAUGCUCUGUGGUUGAUAUCAGUCAUUUGUGAGAUUUGGUUUGCAAUAUCUUGGAUUCUCGAUCAGUUCCCUAAGUGGCUGCCUGUAAAUCGUGAAACAUAUCUCGACAGACUUUCUCUGAGAUAUGACCGAGAAGGAGAGCCAUCACAAUUAGCUGCUGUUGACAUCUUUGUCAGUACUGUGGAUCCACUGAAGGAGCCUCCUAUGGUGACAGCAAAUACCGUGUUAUCUAUUCUUGCAAUGGACUAUCCAGUUGACAAGAUUUCUUGCUAUGUUUCUGAUGAUGGAGCUGCAAUGUUGACAUUUGAAGCUCUCUCUGAAACUUCAGAAUUUGCAAGGAAAUGGGUCCCUUUCUGCAAGAAGUAUGCCAUAGAGCCUAGGGCUCCUGAAUGGUACUUCUCACAGAAGAUUGAUUACUUGAAGGAUAAAGUUCAACCAUCAUUUGUCAAGGACCGCAGAGCAAUGAAGAGAGAAUACGAAGAAUUUAAAGUUCGUGUUAAUGGGCUUGUUGCAAAGGCGACAAAAGUACCUGAAGAAGGAUGGAGCAUGCAAGACGGUACUCCAUGGCCUGGAAAUAAUACCAGAGACCAUCCAGGAAUGAUCCAGGUUUUCUUGGGGCAAAGUGGAGGGCUUGAUGCUGAGGGCAAUGAACUGCCACGUUUGGUGUAUGUUUCUCGUGAAAAGCGUCCCGGUUUCCAACAUCACAAGAAGGCUGGUGCUAUGAACGCACUUGUUCGUGUAUCUGCAGUCCUCACGAAUGGACCUUUCUUGUUGAAUCUUGAUUGUGAUCACUACAUCAACAAUAGUAAGGCCUUGAGGGAAGCAAUGUGCUUUCUAAUGGAUCCUAACCUUGGGAAAACCGUGUGCUAUGUUCAGUUUCCACAGAGAUUUGAUGGGAUUGAUAGAAAUGAUCGUUAUGCCAAUCGAAAUACUGUUUUCUUUGAUAUUAACUUGAGAGGUUUAGAUGGUAUUCAAGGCCCAGUUUAUGUGGGUACUGGAUGUGUUUUCAAUAGAACAGCCUUGUAUGGUUAUGAACCUCCUCUGAAGCCCAAGCAUAAGAAAGCUGGGGUUUUGUCAUCACUUUGCGGUGGAUCACGAAAGAAGGGAUCAAAAUCAGGUAAAAAAGGCUCAGACAAGAAGAAAUCAAGUAAGCACGUGGAUCCUACUGUACCGAUUUUCAGUCUGGAGGAUAUUGAAGAGGGGGUUGAAGGUACUGGAUUUGAUGAUGAGAAGUCAUUAUUGAUGUCACAAAUGAGCCUUGAGAAAAGGUUUGGUCAGUCUGCUGUUUUUGUUGCUUCGACACUUAUGGAGAAUGGUGGUGUUCCUCAAUCUGCAACACCUGAAACUCUUCUUAAAGAAGCCAUUCAUGUUAUCAGCUGUGGGUAUGAAGACAAAAGUGACUGGGGACAAGAGAUUGGAUGGAUUUACGGUUCUGUCACAGAGGAUAUUCUUACAGGAUUCAAAAUGCAUGCCCGCGGGUGGAGGUCUAUUUACUGCAUGCCUAAGCGCCCAGCUUUCAAAGGGUCUGCUCCCAUUAAUCUUUCAGAUCGUCUGAACCAAGUGCUUCGAUGGGCGUUGGGUUCUGUGGAAAUUCUUCUUAGUCGGCAUUGUCCCAUCUGGUAUGGGUACAGUGGUAGGCUAAAAUGGCUGGAGAGAUUUGCAUAUGUGAACACUACCAUUUAUCCAAUUACUGCCAUACCUCUUCUUGCAUACUGUACAUUGCCAGCUGUCUGUCUUCUUACCAACAAAUUCAUCAUUCCACAGAUUAGCAACAUUGCAAGUAUAUGGUUCAUCUCGCUCUUUCUUUCCAUCUUUGCAACUGGUAUUCUAGAGAUGAGAUGGAGUGGUGUCGGAAUUGAUGAGUGGUGGAGAAAUGAACAAUUUUGGGUUAUUGGUGGUGUUUCAGCCCAUCUUUUUGCUGUCGUCCAGGGUCUCCUGAAAGUACUUGCAGGUAUUGACACCAACUUCACUGUCACCUCCAAGGCAUCAGAUGAAGACGGGGACUUUGCUGAACUCUACAUGUUUAAAUGGACAACCCUUCUCAUCCCCCCAACAACUCUCCUCAUCAUAAACUUGGUGGGGGUGGUUGCUGGUAUAUCAUAUGCCGUCAACAGUGGUUACCAGUCAUGGGGUCCCCUCUUUGGUAAGCUUUUCUUUGCCUUUUGGGUGAUCGUCCAUUUGUAUCCCUUCCUGAAAGGUCUUAUGGGACGUCAAAACCGUACACCCACCAUUGUUGUCGUGUGGUCAGUUCUCCUGGCUUCAAUUUUCUCUUUGUUGUGGGUGAGGGUUGAUCCAUUUACCACCAGAGUCACUGGUCCAGAUGUUGAGGUGUGUGGAAUCAACUGUUAGACAGAAGACAAUGGUACUGUGUGAAAAUUCAUAUUCAUUUUGUUCGCCCAACUAAAGUUCGUGAUCAAGAGGGGGAGUGACUAAACUGUCUUAUAUUUUGCUCUGAUGUAUUCUGUUUCUGUCAACUAGUUUGUCCAUUUGAAGCAUACGGUAUUUGUAGAUGAUAAUAUUGAUAGGAGGCGA